UCAGUACUUUCUUCUCAGCUCUUGACCUUUCCAGCUGUUUAACAAUGGCUUCCAAAACCGUGCUCCUUCUCUUCGCAACUGUUCUCCUUUUCACUGCUAGGGCUUCAUCACUUGAUGAUCAUGAGGAACUCGCGAUUAAGUCUACUUAUGGCAAUGCACCAUCGCCACAACCUCUGGUCAAGGCACCCAGUCCACCCCUUGCCAAGCCACCGUGUCCACCACUAGCCAAGCCACCAUCUCCACUAUAUACCAAGCCUCCAUCUCCUGUCAGCCCCCCAGUGAAGCCACCAACUCCUGACAGUCCCCCAGUGAUGCCACCCACUUAUCCACCACUUCCCCCGGUCAGGUCCAAAUCAGAUUGCGUCCCAUUGUGUGAGAAGAGGUGCAUGCAGCAUUCAAGGAAGAGGCCGUGCAUGAGAGCUUGCACGGCGUGCUGCGACCGCUGCCGCUGCGUUCCUCCGGGAACAUUCAGCAACGAGGAAAAAUGCGGCCAGUGCUACACCGAUAUUGUCAUCCAUGGCAUCAGAACCAAAUGCCCUUGAAUUUAAGUAAAGCCCUCGUUUAUUAAUUCUAUCAUCUUUUUUAGAGUUAAUUUAAGGUCGUUUGGCAAGGUGUUUAAUAAGGUAAUAUUUAAGCAUUGUAUGUAAUAAGGAAAAAUAUUUAAGCAUUGUAUGUAAUAAGGAAGAAAGACAGGGAGGAAAAUACAUGGUUAUUCUUCCUUCGGCCUUUCUAGAGUGUACUGCUUACUGCAUGUGUAUUGAA